ACUGUCUCCCGACUUAGCGAGCCAAUCAACGACUUUUUCGCACAAACUUUCAAGAAUUAUUUCGAGAUCGUCUUUUGCUUGGAUUUUGCCGGCUGAGCUUCAACCUCGCGGGCGCUUGGGAGCGCUGCUGCCAUUCCUUGUUGCAAGAUGCUGCGAAACGUUAAUAGGAGGUUGUCGUCCAUGGCGCAGGCUUCGUUACAUCGACGAAACCUGUCACGGCUACCACCGCCGGGCUGCUUCCGAUGUUCUUCACCACAGACGGCCAGUUUUUCAGGGAGCGCAUGGAGAUGCGAGUCCAGGUCGAUAAAAUACAAGGAAAAGAUGCGACUAGCCCAAGUGGAAUGGGAUCUCAGGGCGGAAAAGAUCAAGGAUGGCACCGAGACGGGUCUUUGGGAUCUGCUUGAAUCACGCGGCUUCAUCAAGGAUGUCGCUGGAAACCGCGACCAUAUCCGCGAGCUCAUGAGAGUUAAGCGUAUUGGGGGCUACGUCGGCAUCGACCCGACCGCCCCGUCGCUCCAUGUCGGCCACCUCGUACCCCUGAUGCCGAUAUUCUGGAUGUACAUGCACGGGUACAGGGCUGUCACGCUACUGGGUGGUGCCACAGCAAAGAUUGGUGAUCCCACGGGCCGCCUCAAGGACAGGAACCCCAACGGCAGCGACUUCGCCAAGAACAUGGCGUCGCUGCAUUACCAGCUGAAGCGCAUGUGGGUCAAUGUCGAGGCGCAGGCUCGCCAGUACGGCUUCGAGCCGGACUGGGCCUGGCGUCGGGACCUCGUCAACAACAACAGAUGGUGGAACAAGCAGCCGAUGCUAGAGGUCCUGCAGAGGCUGGGCCGGCACGUCAGGGUCGGUCCCAUGCUCUCGAGAGACAUGGUCAAGCGGAAGAUGACGGAAGGCGACGGCUUGUCUUUCGCCGAGCUGAGCUAUACCCUCAUGCAAGGCUGGGACUUCUUUGAGCUGAACAAGCAGAUGGGCAUCCAGCUGCAAAUCGGCGGCUCCGAUCAGUUCGGAAACAUCGUGGUGGGAAUUGACGCCGUCAAGACUUUGCGGGCCAGCGAGAAUUUGUCGGUGCAUGACGACAGAUUUGGCGAGGGCCCCAUGGUCAACCCCGUCGGAUUCACGGUCCCACUGCUUACCAACUCGGACGGCGAGAAGAUCGGCAAGUCUUCUGGCGGAGGGAAUAUGUGGCUGGACGUCUUCCAGACCCCUGCCUACGAUCUCUAUGGCUACUUUGUCCGCCAACCGGACGCCGACGUGGAGAGGUUGCUCAAGCUUCUGACCUUUAUCCCCAAUAAGGAAAUCAGCCUUCUGAUGCGGGAGCAUGAGGCGGACCCGCGGGAGAGGGUGGCACAGCACAAGCUUGCCUUUGAAGUCUUGACCCUUGUCCACGGCGUAGAAGUGGCCAGGCGUGCCAAGAAUGACCACGCCACUCUACACGGAAAAGACUCGACCCCGAUCCAAUUCACCCACGAUCCCGAAGUCCAUGCGACGCCCACCAACAUGGCCGGCAGCAUUCAAAUGCAGCUGCCCAAGUCGCUCGUGGAGCAGGGCAACGUUGCGCGCAUAUUGUUUGCCGCAGGUCUUGCUUCCAGCGUCAGCGACGGCAACCGGCUCGCCAUACAGAAGGCCGUGUAUAUCGGUGGGCGCCCUGGCAAGGCCCGAGGACCGAUGAACAGUGGGCAACUCGACUUCAAGCCCGUCUCUCUCUGGUUCCCCCAAGAGACACAACAGUUCAUCGUAGAAGAAAAGCUCUUGAUCCUCCGCAAGGGAAAGCACAGAGUCAGGAUCAUCGAGCUCCUUACCGACGAGGAGUACGCCGCAUCCGGGCAGACGUACCCCGGCCAGCCCGGCACCGGAAGGCUCAGGGCGGUGCGGAAUGAUAUGAGGGCGCUCACCGAGGCGCAGAAUUCUUUGGCAGCGGAGAUCGAUGAGGGGAAAGCGAAGGAUGCCCUCUCGGGAUUCUCUACUGAGAUGCUCUCGCUGGCCGACAGGGUCUCGGAUCUAAGGAAGCAGCUCGACUGGUCCAAAGAACACUACAACAGUGCCAAGCAUAACCCGACCAGUUCCCCGAAGGCUGUGGGCCUCAAGAUUCACCGGUUGGAGAAGCAAUACGAGAAGUUGAAAGAAUCAGAGGAGCUCUUGAAACGCAAAACAUGGGAGGGCUGGCCGGAGGAGGACACAUCCUCGGACUCGGCAACGAACAAGCAUAGUUAGAGGACACGUGUGGGAGACCUUGUACUUGGAACCGAUCAUGGCUUCUCGCAAGCAUCUGUAAAAACAGCUCCCAUUUUUAUGUAUCAUAGAAUUGCAUAGACUGCGAGACAUGUGCCACGUGUUCGAUUCAAGAAACACACAGCAUCUAGCGGUAGAAGACGUUCAGGUCGCCCUGGGGCAGGGGCAGGUUUUUCAGCCUCUCCAUGAUCUCGGCAUCGGAGAGGUUCUGCUCUGUGAU